CCCAAGGUGGUGCUUAUGGUGGUGGCUGCCAAGAAGCUCGUGAGCCGGGUGCAGGUUGCGCCCAAAUCGCACUUUGACGAAACCGUGCUGUCCGUGGUGUACACCUCAGAGCCCAUCGAGGUCUCCAGGUUGGAGGAGACCUUCAGCAAGCUGAGGGAGUCGGCCAAGAAAGAGAUGCUGGAGGUGAUGCAGAUGGGGGUGGAAGAUCUUUUCCAGGAGCACCAACAGACCUGGUCUGACCUGUUCAUUUCAGGGGUUGAAAUGCGAAAGAUCACAGAUUUGCACACGCCAUCCAGUGAGACUGUUAACAUGACCCUCUACUAUGUGCUGUCAAGCAUGCCAGCUCCUCUGCUGGACCCGCUCAUCAGUGGUGAGGACAGAGAAAAAAUGGAAGCCAGCUUGAACUAUGCUGACCACUGCUUCAGUGGCCAUGCGACCAUGCAUGCAGAGAACCUAUGGCCUGCAAAGCUGACCAGUGUCACCCAGAUCUUGCAACUCUCAGACCUGUGGAAGCUAACGCUCCAGAAACGGGGAUGCAAAGGUCUUGUGGCAGCUGGAGUCCAUGGACUUAUGCAGGGAAUGGUGCUUAGUUUUGGGGGUCUGCAGUUCACAGAAAACCAUCUUCAGUUUCAGGCUGACCCUGACGUACUUCAUAACAGCUAUUCUUUACGUGGGAUCCAUUACAAUAAGGACUUGAUUAAUCUAGCUGUUCUGCUGGAUGCUGAAGGAAAGCCCUUCUUGCAUGUGUCUGUGAAAUUCCAAGACAAGCCAGUUAGACUGUAUGCGUGUGAGGCAGGCUGUAUGAAUGAGCCUGUGGAGCUGACCUCAGAGGCACGAGGUCAUACAUUCCCUGUCAUGGUGACUCAACCCAUCACACCACUGCUUUAUAUAUCGACAGAUUUGAUCCACUUGCAGGACCUGAGACACACACUCCAUCUUAAAGCUAUUCUGGCUCAUGAGGAACACAUGGCCAAGCAAUACCCAGGCUUACCCUUCCUGUUCUGGUUCAGUGUGGCCUCCUUAAUCACAUUGUUUCACUUGUUUCUGUUCAAACUCAUCUACAAUGAAUAUUGUGGGCCAGGAGCCAAGCCGCUCUUCAGGAGCAAGGUAUAAGGCUGCUGCUGCUUUUGGCUGCUGUCCACUGAGUGUUGUCAACCUGAUUUUCUGUCAGCUGUGCCUGGGGAGGUUCUGUCUUGGACUGUGAGGAUUUUUGGUCUCUCUUGCAACAAAUGAUCUGUGACCUCUUCUUGCAAGAAGUAGGAUUAGGGCAGGGAUUGGAGUGGUAGGCUCACAAAAAAAAAAGAUAAAUCCAUCAUCUCUACUUCUUAAACAGUUGUAAGGCUGCAGAUCAAGGCAGACACAGCUUUUCUGUCCCUUUUCCACACCUUGCUGUAGGAUGUUGCUUGUUUUUAAGCCAACAG